UUGCUUUACAACUAACGGGAGUGUUGGGUUUCACGAGUGUCGCAGUUUACCAUAGAUCAACUUCCUAAUUCAUCCUCGUCCGGGAAGGAAGAGCAACCAUGGCACAGGCACUCAAAGAAAGAUUUGACAAGUUUCUCCACGAGAAGAACCUCCUGACUGACGUUCUUGCUAAAAUCGAAGCAAAAACCGGAGUUAGUAGGACGUAUAUCGCUCUCGCUAUCGUUGGGAUCAUCGCAGUGUACUUGGUCAUCGGUUAUGGAGCCUCCUUGCUGUGCAACCUCAUCGGCUUUCUUUACCCAGCCUACAUAUCCAUCAAGGCUAUAGAAAGUGCCACCAAAGAUGACGAUACAAAAUGGCUGACUUACUGGGUGGUGUACGGGCUCUUCAGCGUGGCUGAGUUCUUUGCGGACAUUUUCCUCUCCUGGUUCCCAUUUUACUACAUCGGAAAGUGUGCCUUCCUGGUGUGGUGCAUGGCUCCGACUCCUUCCAACGGCUCGGUCCAGAUUUACAACCGCAUCAUCCGCCCCUUUUUCCUUAAGAACGAAGCCAAGAUAGACGACGCGGUCAAGAACAUUAAGGAUAAGGCAUCAGAAGCUGCUGAUAAGUUUAAAGAUGAAGCCAAAAAAGCCACCGCCAACAUCAUGUUUGAGGAGAAGAAGAGCUCCUAACCGGGACGAUUUCUGCAGAGCUGUUACGAAAAAUAAUGUUGCCUUGUUGUAUUUAAUGGAUGACUUGUCUGCUGUGUAACGUCAAAGCCAUUUCCCUUUGUCAGUACUUGUUUGACAAGUAACUGUACAUCAACCCUGGGUGAACCCAAUAAACUUCUAACUGGAA